AUGGAGAUGGAGAGGAUGCUCGGCUGCCAGAUCCCGGCGUUCGGGGUGUGGAACUACUGCAGCGACCUGCCCAUCACGCAGUACUUUGACCUCGCCAUGCAGGCCAGGCUGCUCAAGCGCGCCCAGAUCAAGGUGAUAAGGAGAGAAGUAGAGAAGCAGAGCGACACUGACGGCGCCGAGCUGCUGCGGGAGGAGGGUGAUGGCGGCAACGGCAAGGGAGCUAGAGUGUCUGACAGCGCAGUGAAGCGUAUGGUUGCUGUUGGCCCUGUGGAUGAGGACCUCUACAAGGUGCCACGGCCGCUCAUAUACCAAAAACCCAGAAAGAUGCGGAAGGUGGUCUGGAGCUUGUGGAUUGGGUGCCUGGGGCUGGACUGCAUUGCCUAA